GAGUGAACAGGUGUCAGUAUUUAAUAUAGCCACAGUGAUAUUAAAUUUUGUGAUUCAAUUUUUCAUCUAGGGGUUUGCAAAAGUGAUUGGACGUCUGUGAGAAGAAAGUGGACUUGAUCAUGGACAAUUGUACGGACCAAUAUUCGUCAGUGAGAGAUGAUUCCACAUGAAGCACAUGAAUCUUUUCAUGACAAGAGUCCUGACAAUGGGCAAGACUAUAGUAAAAGUGGAGCAAAGUAAAAAAAAAUAGAAUAUCUUAACAAGUGAGUUUUACUUCGCACUUUAAAACAUCCUGAUUAAGACAAGUGGGUUAAAAAUCGGGAAAAGCUCCAAGACAAUGAAGUCUAACCAGGAGCGUUGUAAUGAGUGCCUUCCGCCAAAAAAGCGGGAGAUUUUAGCUCUGGAAGAGAAGCAGGUGCUGGUGUCAGCUGCUGUUAGUGACAGCCAAAGUGGAGAGAAUUUGGCUUGGCUAGCCAGCGUUGCUACCAUGGCUAGCAUGGCCCACAUCCCCAACAAUGCAGGCCCAUCACAGAGCAACAGUGCUGAGCCUGACAGCCCCCCACCAUCAAAUAAGGCUCUCACUGUGGUGACAGAAUAUCCUCUAACUACUACAUCUGCUGGCUUUUCAUUCUCUUCGAACAGCUCAACAUACAGGGGAGUAUUCUCUGGGCCUACCGUGCUAACAUCCAAUCCUGCGGUUUUCUCCACAAGCCUUCCCCAAACUAUAGGCUCCGUCCAAUACACACAACUUCCCCCCAAUCUCCAGCUCAUAGGGCCCUAUACAAGUUAUAUCUCUUCACAGAUUGUGCCGUCCACGACUAGUCCAACACAGCCACGGAGGACACCACAAGAGGUCUUGGCCACAACAGCUGUCAUAUCUCAAGCAUCCAGCCUUGAUUCACAGAAUCAUCAUGUGAUUUCUUCUAUACCAAAUGUUUCCCACACUCAAUGCAUCCAGGUAGAUAGUGCGCCUUUGGGUUUGACAGUUUCCUCCCCUUCUGCUCAACUGCCAAUUCAAAUCCAUCCACAUUCAGCAGUCCUUGCCCCUCAUGCCCUGGCCCUUACCCCCUCUCAAGUGGUUCUACAUUAUACAGAUGGCUUCAUUGCAAAGCAGCCAGGCUCCAAUCACAGAGAGAUGCAGAAUGGUACACUAGGGGAGAUUGCAGUGGUCAAGCACAGUACUGCCAAAGUAAUUUCUAGCCAGUCAGAAGGCGACCAGAGCCACAAGCAAAACCAUGACCUGGGCCUUCAGACCCAAGCUCAGGUUCUGCUCCCAGCAGACUACAGCACUCAUGACAGAACAGGACUGCAGACAUCGCUGAUGUUGGUGUCCAGUAGCCACCUUGCAGCAAACAACUCAGAGCUCCAAAGUAUUUUGGGUAAGGACCACUUAUCUUUGCACCUUCCUGAUAGAGGAGGGAUCUGCAUAGGCAAACCAAUGUCCAGAGUGUCUGCCCUUACUUCCUCAGACAGCCAAGUUUCUCCUGCCUCCACAAUCUCCCCGCACACACUCAUGCAGGCUCCUCACAACACUCCCCAACAAGAGCUCUCCACCAGCGUUUACUCUGCUACACAGGUCCCAAUUAUUGGCUACAUCACCAGUGCUUCUGGUGGACCCCAGCAAGCAGUAACUGGUUAUCAGAGCAACCUGCCACAGCACGUGGUGAUCUCAGGCAACACCUCCUUACUCAUUCCGGUGAGUGCCACAAACAUCAAUCCACUUACUGCUGAGCCAGAGCUCACCUGCUGUUCUGUAAUCCCCAGUAUAGCCAAUGCAUCAACAGCUCUGCCUCAGACGUUUAUUAAUACAUCCCCACCUGCAGCUUCAGUCCUACCCAAUGGUAAAGACAUCACAGUCUCUGACGGAGGUCAUGCGUCUCGUGUUGUGCCAAGUCCAACCCAAAUACAGCUGCCUGUUCUUUCAGCCAGUGUGGUUGGUUCUCCAGUUCCUGUAACACCUCCAACAUCCAUAAGCCCUCAGAGCUCACCAUCAUCACCAUCAGCGGUCCUACCACCAUUCUUCAUGAAGGGCUCUAUUAUUCAGUUGGCAGAUGGUGAACUAAAGCGUGUGGAGGAUCUGCGAACAGAGGACUUUGUGCAAAGUGCGGAGGUGAGUGGAGAACUGAAGAUUGACUCCAGCACUGUAGAGCACAUAGAGUGCAGCCGCACACCCAAUGCUGUCAUCAUACAGUUCUCAGUGGGAGAGAACAAAGCCCAGGUCUGUGUUGAGGUUCUGGUGGAAUACCCUUUCUUUGUGUUUGGUCAAGGUUGGUCAUCCUGCUGCCCUGACCGCACCACCCAGUUGCUAGCUCUAUCCUGUGCUAAACUGUCUGUGGGCGAUGUUUGUAUUUCCCUCACCCUUAAAAGCCUAAAUGAUAGCAUUCAAAAGAAAGAUAAUUUUUCAAACUCUGUGAUGAAACACAACAAUACUUUGAAAUCAGCCAAAAACAAUGGGCCAAGUGAGGAAAGACCAACCCAAAUGGAGGAUCUUAAGAAAGGACACAAAAUGACAUCAGGAGUGGAAAAUAGUUCAGGAACACUGGUUGAGACUUCCAACCAAAGAAAUUUGUUGACCCUCUUAGAGAAUGGGGACAUAAAUCCUCAGACACAAGUGAAUCUCCAGAACCAGGCAGAAAAAACCUACACAUUCAGUGCUGAGAGAGCAGUUAGCCGCAAGAGGAGAUGGUCCGCCCCAGAGAGGGGAGAAAUGUUGAGGUCGCAAGAGGACCCUCAGAUUUUACCCAAAUUUUCCUUCCUCCCACAUCACCUGAAGGUCAGCAUUGAGGGCCACUCCAGCACAGGUUGCUGAGAUGUUCAGAACUCCAUAGAGCAGUGGUGGGGAUUCAGUUUCUAACCAAGAUAUACAUUAAUUAGCUUUACUUAAUUUGAGAAAUCACAUGAACUAAAUAAAAUGUAUUUUUGCUUGGUGUACAAGAAAAUGCUUUUGCUUAAAUAACAGAGACUCAGAAUACUUUACCCGUCACUGCCAUGUACUCUAAGAGGGACAAGGAAGAGCAGAUUUCUUUUUGGUACUUUGUUGCUUUCCUAUCAAAUUCAUACCAAGGUUAUUGUAAUAUUAGAUGUGACCAUCUGUGAGCAUUUGAGUCAUGUCAUAUGUAACAUUAAUCCUUAGACUUUCUUUUAAAUCAGCUGGACAUGACAGUUUUGGGUUGUAUGUUGCAAGGUCCAACCACUUUUUUCUCAGCUUGCUGAG